CGAUUUUUACUAAAGUCAGAGUCAACUUUUCCAUCUCUAUUUUCGCUGCAUUUCUUGAUUUCAAAACUUCCAACGUUCGCGUUCUUUUUGUUGUUUGCCUGUUUGUGUUUCGGUGCAGCUGCUACAUUUUUUAAUGAUGAAAAUGUUAAAAAAUCUUGUAUAAAGCUGUUCAAAGUUAUUUUCUUUAGUUUGCCUAAGUGAUUGUUGAAAAAUAAACUGUGUAAUUUUUUAAAAUGGCUCCACAGCGUGAACCGAUUAGUGUGCGUACAACUCGAUUGAACAACUUAAUCCUUAACAAAACUGGUGCUACGGCUGCAGCAGGUAAUGGCGCUAUUCAGAGGAAGUCGAUAGCAGCGGCCGGACGUCGAAGCGCAUAUGGCGCCGCUACGGUCAGUCCUGCUGUCAUGGAGGCUGUGACUCGAGAAGGACUUCUUGAUGCAUUCAUUUUAUUAUACAAUGAAUGCAAUAAGGAUUCGCUGAAAAAACGUGAUCGUAAUAUUGCCGAAUUCGUUAAUAAAUAUCGACCAGUAGUAGAGGAGACACAGCAGCUGCGUGCGAAUGUGGACGAUUUUUCAGUUAAGACGCUGAUAGGUAAGGGGUACUUUGGCAAUGUGCACUUAGUCAUUGAAAGGCAAACAAAUGAUGUCUAUGCCAUGAAGAAAAUUAAAAAAUCCGUAAUAACUACAUCACAAGUGAAAGAAGAGCGCGACAUAAUGGCUCGUCGUUCUUCCGAGUGGAUAACAAAUCUCCAAUACGCGUUUCAGGACAACGACAAUUUGUAUUUGAUAAUGGAAUUUCUUCCUGGCGGGGAUCUACUAAGUCUUAUGUCUAGAAAUGGGCCCUUUGAAGAGGAACUUGCACGAUUUUAUUUAGCUGAAUUAACAAUGGCUAUUCAUUCCCUACAUGAAAUGGGUUAUGUGCAUCGUGAUAUCAAACCAGAAAAUAUAUUGAUUGAUCGCUUUGGUCACAUAAAACUGGCAGAUUUUGGCAAUGCAGCGGCAUUGGAUCGGGAUGGUCAUGUCUUUAGUUUAUCACCGGUUGGAACGCCUGACUACAUAGCUCCCGAAUUAUUGCAAACAAUUUCUACAUAUAAAUUAACGAAGUCAAUGCAUGAUGUCAGCUGUGACUUUUGGUCGUUGGGAAUCAUUGGUUAUGAACUCAUUUGCGAGGUAACACCUUUUCAUGAGGAUAACGUUCAUGAGACUUAUUCAAAGAUUUUAAGUCAUUGUGAAGAUAGUCACUUAAAGGAGAUUGUAACUUUUCCGGAAGAUCUGAAAGUAUCUGAAAACUACAAAAAUCUUAUUGGUUCCCUGGUCACUAACCCAACCAACCGUCUGUCGUUUGAAAAAAUAUGUCAACAUCCUUUUUUCGACUGCAUCAAAUGGGAAACAGUGCGUUCACAAAUGCCACCCAUAAUUCCAACUGUUAAUAGUGACGAUGACACUUCAAAUUUUGAAGAUGUAAUCCGCAAUAAGAGACGCACUAACACAUUCGUAAAAAAGUCACUCAGCACGAAUAUGCAAUCAAAUGAAUUUAGCGGCAAGGAUCUUCCCUUCAUAGGUUAUAGUUUCGUGCAUAUGGCAAAGCAAAGUGCCGAUGCAGAAGGUGUUGCCGAUGACACCCGUUUCAGUCGUUUGAACACAAAAAUAAAAGAUUUGCAAGCAAAUCUCAAGGAGCGUCUUGAAGAAAUCAAUAAACUCAAGCAACAGCUAUUGCGCGCCGAGCAAACAGCUAAGAAGUCGGAUACACAAUCUAAAAUAUUGCAAGAUGCAAAAGAAGAAAUAAACAAAAUGAAGAAUAUAAUCAAGGAGAAAACAAUGGAAUUGGCAGCUUGCAAAACUCAAAUAAAAACUCUACAGAGUUCCGUUAAAGUAGAAGAAGAAAUGUGGGAGAAAAAGGAAGCAACUAUAACCGAGCUUUUACGUGUAAACCGCCAAAAGUAUGAAGAAGCUAAGAUUGCAUCCGACCAGCGUUAUGAGAAAUUGAUUGCAGAGAAAAAACACGAAUUGUCAAAUAUUGUGCGCAAGCUGGAUGCGCGCGAGACUGAAUUGAGUGCCAAGACAGAAGAAUGUAAGCAUCUGCAAGAAAAAAUGGAAAACUACAAGGAAAUGUUACGACAAAUCAAAGAUCAAGCAAUUGCCGAUAAACAAGGAUUCGAGCAAAAUAAAAUGCAAUUAAGUGAAACAUACGAACAAAAAUUAGCAGAGAUGCGUUCGAAGUUGAGACAUGAGAAAGAUUCUCGCUCGCGCCUUACAAUGGAAUUGCGUGAAGUACGUAAUGAGCUAGAUGAUUCGAUAAGUUCUUCGAAGUCGACCCAAGAGGCGAAGUUGGCUACAGAAAAAAACAACGAUGAAAUAUUGAAACGGUUGAACCGUGAGCUAGAAGCGAACAACAGAUUACAUGCGCAGAAUUCUCAACUUGAACGAGAGUUGGGAUCCGCACAAAAGACCAUACACGAACAACAGAUUGAGAUUAAUCGCCUUGACCGA